CAAUAAUGAACAUUAACAGAUUAAAAAACACAAGUAAAGAAACGAUAUCCACAGUUAAAUGUUCAUGAAUGUCUAGAUCGCGAUCGCGAGUGGGCUUGGCGCCGUCGCCGAUCACAGAGAGAGUUGGCAGACAGUUGGCGAUGGUUGCCCCGAGAGACGCGCCAGUAAAUAAUUACCCAGCGCCCAUUCCACUCCCCACGAGACCAUACCUGUCUAUCUCCACCAGUUCCAGCUGCUUCUGCUGUUUCUCUUCAGUACUGCUCCAGCUGCAACUGGGGGCUGUUUCAAUUGCUUUCGUUGCCAAUUUACUCGAAUCUUCCUGUGCCUUUUAGCGGAUGCUCUUCUAUAUCCUGGGCUGACCCGUCCUGUCUCACGAUCGUUAAAUGAGCAAAGGCUGGCCAAAGCUCAACAAAUCCAACACAUCAUAAUUGCUAUGCCGGGAACUGUUGCAGAUGGGCCCACGGUGGCCCUCUCUUUUGCGAAUAACUUCUGGGGAAAAGAAGAUGCCGGUGUUACACCCAUGCUGGAGCGUAUGCACGCUUCGAAGACGUCGUGCGAUGAAUUGAAGACCUUCUACAGCAUCCGCACCGCAAUUGAGGAUGAAUACGCACGCAAGCUGCUCACACUAUGCCGCAAGCCCCUUGGAGCCAAUGAGACGGGCUCACUUCGAGCAUCAUUUGAUACUGUGCGAGGAGAAACAGAGGCCAUUGCAAAAGCUCAUGCUGCAAUCGCGGGGCAGAUGAAACGAGAACUAGAAGAGCCCUUGCUGGCCUUUGCAGGGGGUAACAAGGAGCGAAGGAAGAUUAUUCAAAAUGGGAUUGAGCGCAUUCACAAAACCAAAAUGCAGCAAACCCAGACAGUGAAUAAGACACGGGAUCGAUACGAGCAGGACUGCUUGAGGAUUAAAGGUUAUCUCGCGCAGGGGCAUAUGGUGAUGGGCCAGGAAGAGCGAAAGAACAAAGCGAAGCUCGAGAAGACCCAGAUCCAACUUGCCUCUAGCAGCAGUGAAUACGAUGCCGCAGUCAAAGUCCUCGCAGAUACGACUGUUCGCUGGAAUAAGGAAUGGAAGUCCGCUUGCGAUAAAUUCCAAGACCUUGAAGAAGAGCGGAUCGAUUUUACUAAGAGCAGCCUCUGGACUUACGCCAACAUUGCCUCCACAGUGUGCGUGAGCGAUGAUGCUGCAUGCGAGAGGAUUCGCCUUGCGCUCGAGAAUUGCGAGGUCGAGAAGGAUAUCGUCUACUUUAUUAAGGAAAGGGGUACGGGCCAGGAAAUCCCCGAUGCCCCCAAGUUCAUCAACUUCUCCCGGGGAGACGUAAACGAUGCCAGCUCCGACAUAUCUGAAGAGGAAGGAUACUCAGUGGCCCAGUUCCAGCGCACCAUCAACCCAGCGUUCCGAAGCUCUUCUCCGCAACCAUCUACGUAUGAGUCCCAUCAUGACGCAGAGCCUGAACCGACGAUUCCGGCUCAGAAUGGACCUUCCACGCCAUCGAGCAGAGAAGCUACGGUCACACCGCAAAAGCCGAUGCAGCCACCAAUGCAACAAGCGGCACAGCAGCAGCAGCAACAGCAGCAACAGCCCAAUCCGCUGGAUCUUCGCCGCGGAGGUCAUCUCCCGCCGAACUACGACCCGAACCAGCACGGCGAAAUUGCAGCUAUACCGCACAACGCGUACCCAACGGAUGGUAUGACAAUGUUUUGCCGAACUGGUCCUCCAUCCGAACGCAGCUCAGGAACUGCCAGUGGCUACCGGCCAUCCAGCCGAGACUCCCAGAGUGAAGUUUCUAACGCAACUUCAGUAUCAAGUCAAGAGCCUACCAGUGCCAGACAAUCUCCGACCAAGCCGACGAAUGGUGUGGCCCUUCCAGGAAUAGGUGGUGGGGGAGAGCCACAGCCGUCCCCGAAGAAGAAAUUCUUCAGCAACAGCCCGUUCCGACGCAAGAGCCGUCAUGACAAGGACCGUAACUCAGGCUCUUCUCAGCCACCCAGCCGGAGAACUUGGGAUCCCCCGUCCAAGCAGACCAGCCCUAUCAAAGCUCCAACGCCUCAGAGGCCUCCACAGCCUCAACAGAUUCAAGUUCCGAAGGCGAUGGAUGAUAUUAAGCGAUCUGCUAGCCCCGAGCCGGUUGAUCCACGGGCUAACUUCCAAUUGAACGUCGGAAAUAAUGUGUUUGACGUUGCAUCUCCAGAUAAGAAUAAACCCCAGAAGGGAGCGCAGCCGCCAAAAGAAGGAGAUGACCUUGACCCCAUUGCACGUGCUUUGGCAGACCUGAAAGGCGCUGGUGGUGGGAAGCAGUCAGCAACCCGGGUCUCUGCUGAUAGAUACCAUGGCAUUGCUACACCUGUUCCGUCAGCACCUGCGUCGAACUACAGCGCAAAUUCAGCGGCCGCUCCUCCCCCGGCAUAUAAUGAUCCAUCGGUAAAGCGCCUCGGAGCUCCUCAGCCGGCUUUCACUUCCAAACAAAUGCAACAGACCACACAACAGUACACAGGUCAGACGCAGAACGUGCUUCGAGGCAAGGCGAACCCUACUUCAAUGUCGACCCGCAGCCCCAGGCAAUCACAGGAAGUCCCCCGUGCCAAAUCACCCGCACCUGCACCUAGACGGAGUGCAAGUCCCCAACCGCAACCUAGCCCUCGUGGUGGGGGUUCACGCAUGAGCCAAUAUAGCCGAGCCGCGAGCCCGAACCCAAGUAAUUAUCAAUCAAACAGCGUGAAGAGCCGCUACAGCCAGUCUCCAGGUGUUUCCACUCCGCCCCAACGCCCCUCUGACGGGCCAUACUCCCCGCAUGACUUCGCAAAACGAGGAUCUUUCAGCGCUGCCCCCUCACCCACUACGGCCACUUCCCCUGGAGGAGCCUCCCCAAACGAGUAUGCUCAGCGAUCUUCGCAGAACUCAAUGCCUCGAGCCGUAUCCCCCCAGCCGCAAUUCAAACAGCAGGCUCGCCCGUCGAGCGCUGGGGGCAUGGAGCUACAGAUUUCUCAACCUGACAUGUACGGUGGCAGUGGUGACGGCUACGGCUCCCCACAGAGAGAACCUAGGAGACCGAUGUCAUACUAUGACGGUGCAAGCCAGCGCAGUCGGUCAAGGGGCAGAUCUAUGGCUGUUGCGGAUCCCGGAAGACAAUUCAGCCGUGAUGGCCGUCCAAUUUUACAUUUCGCCCGCGCACUAUACAGCUAUACCGCAGCCAUUCCCGAAGAGCUUGGUUUCGGAAAGGGCGACGUCCUCUCCGUGAUCAGACUCCAGGAUGACGGCUGGUGGGAAGCUGAAGUUACCACAACCCGCAUGAGAACUGGGUUGGUGCCGAGUAACUACCUCCAGAUUAUCUAGAUCUGAGUGACGAUCUAUUAUAAUCUAUCAAUCUAUACUCGACUAUCUCAAUGUGGGCCAGCCAUGUGAUGAACAAUCUCACGGCCAAUUACGACGGGAAUUUCUUUUCUUUGCUUUUUAUGUGUUCACGAUGUAGAUACCUUGAUGUAUACGCCUUUUUGCCUAAUUUUUUUUCUUUCUUUUUCUAUUACCCAGUCCCCGAUCUUGACCAUCCUUGGUGACGCUCGCUUUUUAUUGAUUGACUCCUAUGCCCUGAGUAUGUCUGUCGUUUCUGAUAAUAAUGUCUCUUUGUCUCUCGUUUUUGAUUCUUUCUACCGCAGGCUUUGAUCUUUGAAUUGUUUUGAGUUUCUUUAUUCUGUGUUUGGUCCGUGAUAAUGCCUUCAGAAUGACACUUAUGCUUCUCCACAAACUGAAACAUUCAGCUGAACCGGUUCGACAG